AUGACGGUGCCGCCUUGGUUCAAAUCGUUUGCCCUCAAAUUUGUGCUGCCCGUGGCUUUUUUGGCGGCUGCUAUCAUCCGGCCAUGCUUCUUCUCGAUUCUCUAUGUCGCAUUGGCGCUGACGUCAGCGAUUCUACCGUCGAUUCGGGCGCAUCACGCAUUGCCAAAAAUUAUUGGGACGUUCGUGACGAUCGCUCAUCUCGUUUCGCUCGGCAUCGGACUUGGCGUCACUUCGUAUCAGAUCUCCGAGCAUGUGAUUCAUAAGAACUCGACGACGUACAUUUGCAAUCGUGCCGACACGACGUUCUUCCGCAGUUUGGGUCUCGUUCGAUUCCAUUCGACGGGCACGUUCGAAUCGGUUCGCGCUUACCUGCCGGAAGUGAUCUCGGUGACGACGUCGCUCGUCGUCUUCGUCGUCGUCAUGUUCUGCUCGCAUCGCAAUCAGAAUUUGGACAUCGUCGGCGAUGUGGUGUCGGUGCGCGAUUCGCAAACCCAAAUUCAAAGUCAGAAUUCGAUGAUGUGGAAGGCGCUUCUGAAUUCGUUGCGACGACUCACAAACUUCUUGAUUGUCAUGUUCAUGGCUUAUGUUGGAGUUGUGAAGCCAUCUCUUGCCAAUUUCGUCUACUUCGCUGCAUUUUUAUUCUUCUCGACAUGGUGGUCGACGUACAAGCCGCUUCGGCACAGCGUCUACAACAAAGUCAAAUUGUUCCUCAUCUUGUUCGCUGGACUCCACGUGAUAUUGUUGUAUUCGUAUCAGAUUCCGAUUGUCCACAACUCGUGGAUACCAAAACGAAGUGCUGUCGCGCGAUUGCUCGGCUUGAACAUUCUCAUCGACGCGAAAUGUCCCGAAUGGUGGAAAUAUCCGUUUGUGGCGCCGGAUUUCGAUUCGCGGAAUCUGCUCAUGAAAUGGCCGCUCUAUGCGAAUCCGAUUGUGGUUUUGGUGUUCUACUACGCGCUCGUCAUUCAAUACAAGUUCACGAAAAACGGAUCUCGACAAUACUUUGACGAUCAUGACAUUGGAUCAUCAGUGCACGAGGAGCGGUUCGCGUCGGCUGGAACCGUCGAGUCGCAUGUCGAUGAUGAGCCGGAGCAUCUGAUAACGAUUGGCGAAACGCAGACGACGACGACGCCGUCGUCGACGAAUGGAGCAUCGCGUGGACGGGGCAACACAUUGCUUCUUGGCAAUGAUCCGGACCAUGAGAGCAGCACACAGCCUUCGGAUACGCAGACGUCGAUUCCGAUGAGGAAGGUGACGUCGCAAGUGGAUCGUUCCAAACUUAAUAAUAUUUUUAAUGCCAAUCGCGAACAGGAAUCGGCGGCGUCGAAAGGAAUGAUCGCGGUGAUCUCGUUUGUGAUCUACCACGCCUAUUCGCUCGCCCUGACCGCAAUGAUGGUGUGGGCGCUCCUCUAUCAUUCCAUAUUCGGUUUGAUUCUGCUCAUCAUCACGUGCGUCCUUUGGAUUUUCCGCGACACCCGAAAAGCGGCGUUUACGAUAUCGCCGCUCAUUUUGGCGUAUAUUGAGUUCCUUCUUCUCCUUCAAUAUGUGCUCAGUAUGGAUGUUCAUAAUGAGAUUGGUGAUCCGAAAUGGAUGGAUUUCGUCGGAAUUCAUUGGAUGAAGAUCCCGUCGCAUGCUCUCGUCAUUCUUUGUGUACAGACGCUUCUCAGCUUGCCGGUGUUUUUGUUGGUUCGACUUGCUCGACGAGAAAAGUAUUAUGCGUCUUUGAGCGAUUUUGAGCGACAGAGAAGGAUUCAAUCGUAUGGUACAUUUGGAGGAACGAGAGCUGGUGGUGGAGUAGCAGUUGCCAAGGAUCCGAAGAGUCGAAAAUUGGCGGCAUUUGUGAAAUAUUGUUCGACGAAAAUCUCGACCUACUUCAUUUUCGUUGUUUCGCUCACAUUGCUCAUCGUCGCCACUUAUGCGAAGCCGACGUUUUACAAUAUUGGAUUUUUCGCCAUUUGGGCAUUGUCGAUUGUCUACUUGAAGAUUUCUUUCCGACUCUUCCGUGGUGUUGCUUAUGUCUUCUGGCUCUCAUUGACGUUCUACACUUCGCUGGUUAUCAUCAUCUUGUAUAUUUAUCAAUUUAAAGGGGUUGCUAUAUGGCUUCAGAAUACUACGGGAUUGUCGAAAGAUUGGCUUGAAACGAUUGGUUUGGUCGAUUAUUCUGCAAUUGGAGAAUCUGGAACGCUAUUCCUCCGAUUGUUCGCGCCGAUCUGUUUGUUCGUCGUCACAAUGCUCCAAUUGAAGUUCUUCCAUGAUGCUUGGCAGCAGGCGGUCUCGCCGAUUCGAGCCGAUGCCGGCGAUUCGAGAACACCGUCGAUGCAGCUGCUGAGACGUGAGUCAUCAUCGAACAUUUUUAAAAGAGAAUAUUUGUCUUAA